AUAAAUUCCGAUGACUGAAUUAUGUGAAUUCGAACAUAUAUUGAAGAUUGUAACGAUAAUUAUCAUCGAUAGUCAACACGGGACUCUUCAUUAUUUACUUAAAAAUGCAAUGGGUGUUUGGCGGGAAAAUUGUGGCGGAGGGAUAUGUCAAAUGUAGAGCACAACAACCUUUUUAUUGAACCCCGCGGAAUACUCAGCUGUGAUUCUCAUGCAGCAAUUGAUAGGCAACGCAUCUUUCUACAUCGCGGACCAAGCCUGAGCGCUUUAUGAAUGCUUCUCAGCCAGCAAUCAUUUUACUAGGAAAACAUCAUCUCACUGACGCACACGCUGGCAGGGAUUAACGUAACUAUCUUGUUGGAAUACAUUUUACAAGCUCCAUUUUUCGCGUUUUCGACUUCGACAUCUCGGAGUGAAGUACUCUCCACUUUGUUUUCAAAAUUAAGAAAAGAGCCACCAUGCCGCUGAAUUCAAGUUUGGCGAGUAAAAACUACGACUACGACUAUGAUUCUAUCCAGCCAUAUUUUUAUGUUGACAACGAAGAUGAGGAUUUCUAUCACCAGCAGCCAGGACAGCUUCAGCCACCGGCUCCAAGCGAGGACAUCUGGAAGAAAUUUGAGUUGCUCCCCACUCCUCCUCUCUCCCCGAGCCGACCAUCACUGUCUAGUAUUUUCCCAUCGACUGCUGACCAACUGGAAAUGGUGACCGAGUUUCUCGGGGACGACGUUGUAAACCAGAGUUUCAUCUGCGAUGCCGACUACUCCCAAACCUUCCUCAAGUCAAUCAUCAUUCAGGACUGUAUGUGGAGCGGCUUCUCUGCUACAGCCAAGUUGGAGAAAGUGGUGUCUGAAAGACUCGCAUCGCUCCAGGCUGCUAGGAAAGAUUCAGCCGUUGGCGACAACGCAGAGUGUCCUACUCGGUUGAACGCAAACUACUUGCAGGAUCCGAAUACUUCCGCGUCCGAAUGCAUUGAUCCCUCAGUGGUCUUCCCCUACCCAAUAACUGAGACUCCCAAACCAAGUAAGGUGGCACCACCCACGGAUUUGGCAUUGGACACCCCACCCAACAGUGGUAGCAGCAGCAGCAGUGGUAGUGACUCCGAAGAUGAGGAGGAAGAUGAUGAGGACGAGGAGGAGAUAGAUGUCGUUACUGUGGAGAAGAGGCAAGCGGUGAAGAGGUGCGACCCCAGCACGUCAGAGACCAGACAUCACAGUCCCCUUGUGCUGAAGAGGUGCCAUGUCUCCACCCACCAGCACAACUACGCCGCCCACCCCUCCACACGGCACGAGCAGCCAGCUGUCAAAAGGCUGAGGCUGGAGAACAGCAGCAGCCGGGUCCUCAAGCAGAUCAGCAGCAACCGCAGAUGCUCAAGUCCCCGGACAUCGGACACGGAGGACUACGACAAAAGAAGGACUCAUAAUGUACUGGAGCGCCAGCGGAGGAACGAGCUCAAGCUGAGCUUUUUCGCUCUACGGGAUGAGAUACCGGAUGUGGCCAACAAUGAGAAGGCAGCCAAAGUGGUCAUCCUAAAGAAGGCUACAGAGUGCAUUUACAGCAUGCAGACAGAUGAGCAGAGACUAGUCAACCUCAAAGAGCAACUAAGGAGGAAAAGUGAACAUUUGAAACAGAAGCUGGCACAACUGCAGAACUCAUGUUUGAGCUCAAAGCGCCAUUGACUUAUUGGGCUCCGCAUUUUUAUGCAAGUUAAGACUUGGUGUGUAUAGUUGAUAUUGAAAUGCGAAAGUAUGUUUUUUUGGGGGGGGUGGGGGUGCUGUCUGAUUUUCAAUGUUAAACUGACUCAAUUGAAGUUAUGGGCAGUAAAAUAUUUAAAGUUUAUUUUUAUUAAUAAAAUAUAAUAAAAAAAAUAGGGCUACACAUGUUGCAUGCCCGAUCUAAAAUAUGGAUUUUAUGUUUUGUAUAUAAUUACUGACUAUUUCUUGAAAUGUAUUUUUGGAUCUCAAUUGUCUGGAAGUUCUGACACUUGUUUUCACUGUAUGGUUUUUCCAUAUUAUGUUCAUUUGAAAUAUAAAUGCAUUUCUUUUUGAUCAUG